GGGUUGUCUUGGAGGAAGAAGGAGGACCGGCAUCUCCUCCUCCCGGUCCGUUGGAAAGGCUGUACUCUCCAUGGGAGAGAAGGGGUUCAGGCACCCUUCAGUAGGGGGUGCUGCUCAGUAGGGGCAACCGGCUUGUAUGGAAAAUAAGCCAAUCAGAAAGCAGGUCCCAGGAGACCUGCCAAUGAGGAGCAUAGGGUGGGACCCAGUACCUGGACUUGUGCCACCGCUGGAUGCCCUGCUGUCUGACCUGGAGACCACCACCUCACACAUGCCAAGGUCAGGGGCUCCAAAAGAGAGGUCUCCGGAGCCUUUCACAUCUCCCCUGCCCUAUGGCCACCAGUCACAGACAGGAUCUGGGGAGUCUUCAGGAGCUUCUGGGGACAAGGACCAUCUGUACAGUACGGUGUGCAAGCCUCGGUCCCCAAAACCUGCAGCUCCUGCGGCCCCUCCAUUCUCCUCUUCCAGCGGUGUCUUGGGCACAGGACUCUGUGAACUAGACCGAUUGCUUCAGGAACUUAAUGCUACCCAGUUCAACAUCACAGAUGAAAUAAUGUCUCAGUUCCCAUCUAGCAAGGAGACUGCAGGGGAACAGAAGGAGGACCAAUCUGAGGACAAGAAAAGGCCCAGCCUCCCUCCCAGCCCAUCCCCUGUUCUCCCAAAGCCUUCAGCAACCUCAGCCACCCUGGAAUUGGAUAGGCUGAUGGCUUCACUGUCUGACUUCCGUGUCCAGAACCACGUGAGUCAGCUUCCAAACUCUGGGUCAACUCAGCCACCAGUGCCAAGCUCUGUGAAUGAGGGCUCCCCAUCCUCACCAGGGCCAACUAGCAAGGGCAGCCUAGACACCAUGUUGGGACUGCUGCAGUCUGAUCUCAGCCGCCGUGGUGUUCCCACCCAGACCAAGGGUCUCUGUGGCUCCUGCAAUAAACCUAUUGCUGGGCAGGUGGUGACUGCGCUGGGCCGUACUUGGCACCCUGAGCACUUCAUUUGCGGUGGCUGUUCCAUGUCCCUGGGAGGCAGCAGCUUCUUCGAGAAGGAUGGAGCCCCCUUCUGCCCUGAGUGCUACUUUGAGCGCUUCUCCCCACGUUGUGGCCUCUGCAAUCAACCCAUCCGACAUAAGAUGGUCACUGCCUUGGGCACCCAUUGGCACCCAGAGCAUUUCUGCUGCGUCAGUUGUGGGGAGCCCUUCGGAGAUGAGGGUUUUCAUGAGCGUGAGGGCCGCCCCUACUGUCGCCGGGACUUCCUGCAGCUGUUCGCCCCGCGCUGCCAGGGCUGUCAAGGCCCCAUUCUGGAUAACUACAUAUCCGCACUCAGCGCCCUCUGGCACCCGGACUGUUUCGUCUGCAGGGAAUGCUUCGCGCCCUUCUCGGGAGGCAGCUUUUUCGAGCACGAGGGACGCCCUCUGUGUGAGAACCACUUCCACGCGCGGCGUGGUUCAUUGUGCGCUACGUGUGGCCUCCCGGUGACCGGCCGCUGUGUGUCAGCCCUGGGCCGCCGCUUCCACCCAGACCACUUCACCUGCACCUUCUGCCUGCGCCCUCUCACCAAGGGCUCCUUUCAAGAGCGUGCAGGCAAGCCCUACUGCCAGCCCUGCUUCAUCAAGCUCUUCGGCUAAUGGCUUGUGGGGCUCUCCACGCACCCCUGAUGCCCCCACCCAGGAGACCAAGGCCCCAGAGACCCCCACUCUUCCCCAAAAGACGUGCUCUCCUGACCCAAAGGCCUUGCUCUUUGAGCUUGGGGCUCUCCCCACCCCAUCCUGUGAGGCCCCACCCACUAGAGAGACCCCCCACCCCCAAGGUGCUGUACUCUUAAGUUCUCUGUGGUCAAUUCAGAAAAGAUCUGGCCAGUUUCAAAGCCACACUGCCCCAAAGUGGGUCUCACAAGUAGAGCCACGCUGCGUGAAUUCUUCACUUUAUCCCCAACCUUGAGGGAGCCCCCUUAUGGGGCAAUUCCUAAUAAUCAGAGGACAGGACAAGACAUCCCUGCUCCCUGCUCCCUCACUAUUCUGAGCACUUUUUUUUCUACCUGCAUAAAAACAUGUUCCACAUCA